AUGCCAGAGGAGAUGCUGGAUGUCUACAACAUUCUUCCUUUUGAUAAUCCAGAUGGUGGCGUUUGGAAACAAGGGUUCGAUAUCACAUACAAUGAAAAUGAAUGGGACAGUGAACCACUUCAAGUUUUUGUGGUGCCUCACUCACAUAAUGAUCCAGGUUGGCUGAAGACUUUUGAUGAUUACUUCAGAGAUCAGACACAGCAUAUUCUAAAUAACAUGGUCAUAAAACUGCAAGAAGACAAACGAAGGAAGUUUAUAUGGUCUGAGAUUUCUUACUUUUCAAAAUGGUGGGAUGGAAUAGACAGCCAAAAAAAGGAUGCUGUUAAAAGGUUAAUAAAGGAUGGACAAUUUGAAAUAGUAACAGGAGGAUGGGUUAUGCCUGAUGAAGCCUCUGCUCAUUAUUUUGCUGUAAUUGACCAAAUGAUAGAAGGACAUCAAUGGCUAGAAAAGAACCUUGGAGUAAAACCAAAGUCUGCUUGGGCAGUUGAUCCUUUUGGGCAUUCACCAACAAUGGCCUACCUUCUGAAACGCACAGGAUUUCCCAAUAUGCUUAUACAAAGAGUUCAUUAUUCAAUCAAAAAACAUUUUUCAGCACAAAAGACACUAGAAUUUUUUUGGAGACAGAACUGGGAUUUGGGAUCCAGUACAGAUAUUCUUUGUCAUAUGAUGCCUUUCUAUAGCUAUGAUAUUCCCCAUACUUGUGGUCCGGAUCCGAAAAUCUGCUGCCAGUUUGAUUUCAAACGUCUUCCCGGAGGAAGAAUAAGUUGUCCUUGGAGAGUUCCACCAGAAGCCAUUCAUGCUGGAAAUGUUCAACACAGGGCUUGGAUUAUUUUAGAUCAAUACAGAAAGAAGUCAAAGCUUUUCCGCACUAAAGUUCUGUUGGCUCCGCUAGGGGAUGAUUUCCGCUAUGCUGAGAGCUCAGAAUGGGAUCAGCAGUUCCAGAAUUAUCAAAAACUGUUUGAUUAUAUGAAUUCUCGUCCUGAGUGGCAUGUUAAGGCCCAGUUUGGAACUUUAUCGGAUUACUUUGAAGCUCUGCAUAAGGAAACCAGUUUGCGUGAGAAGAACAGCAAUUCAUUUUUUCCUGUUUUAAGUGGAGACUUCUUCACCUAUGCAGACAGAGAUCAUCAUUACUGGAGUGGAUACUUUACAUCACGACCCUUCUAUAAACACCUAGAUAGAGUCCUGGAAUCCUACAUACGGGCAGCUGAAAUUCUCUAUUCCUUGGCUUUGGUACAGUCCAGUAGAUCUGAGAAAAUGAGUGUAUUUCCUUCAGCAGAAAGCUAUAAAUUGCUGACAGAAGCUAGGAGGAACCUUGGACUCUUUCAGCAUCAUGAUGCCAUUACAGGAACAGCCAAAGAUUGGGUUGUUGUGGAUUAUGGCACUAGGCUUUUCCAUUCAAUAAUGAACUUGAAGAAAGUGAUAGUUGACUCUGUUCAUAUUCUUAUUCUAAAGGAUAGCAGUGCUUAUAAUUAUGAUGCAUCAGCUCCAUUCCUGAAGAUGGAUGAUGUUCAGGCUUCCCAAGACUCGUUGCCACGCAAGACAGUUAUAAAGCUGACUCAGGUGCCUAGAUAUUUAACUAAAAUUAUUUUAACUCUGUCAAAAUAUCCCCUCAGUUUCUUCAGUGGAAGAGGAUUGCUUGGAGGGAUGGGUGUGUUUGAACUUCUUGUCGUGCAGCUUGAGCUGUCAGCUGCAGGUGAAGGAUAUGUUGACAGUGUCCACAGUGUGUGUGCCAAGAAUUUCUGUCUGCGUUGUUUCCUGGAGGCAGCAGUGCAGAGGAUCAUGAUACAUGACCAUAUAACUGAAUUGACUGCCUGGACCUACUUGGAUUUUCUAGUACUGUUUGGCACAACAUGCUGA